AUGACCGCAAGCUCGACCUCGACUCGGAGGGUGCAUCGGCAGGGUGCGAGGUCUGGUGACGGUCGCCGCCGCUGGGGCCCGCCGAACGCCGACGCGCACGCGCUCGCCCAGAGAAAGCGCCGAUGGCGUCCAGAUGGGAAACUCGUCGUCCUCCUCCUCGCGCGAUUCUAUGACUCUCCAUCAUAG